UAUCUUAGGUACACUCACCCAGUGGGUGUAUUAGUCUUGUCAGUGCUUGGCCUUGUUGUAUGGAUUCUAGGGUAUCGACUCAUUAAGGUAGAAAUGAAUUUAAUUAUUAUUAAAUUCUGUACAGGUUAGAUCAUUCAUGAAGUCCAAUUAGGGAAAAAUUCUGACAAGCAACAUGGCCUUGAAACUAGAUGAAAUGGCGACAAAUGACAUAAAGGAAAUAUUUGCUGGCAAAUAGUAUUUUUAUGUUUUCUCAUAGUGCUCUCUAUCAGUUGUUUAGUACUUUGCUGUAUGCAUAACCACUUCUGUGUUUAUACCAAGGGGAAAGCUAUUCGGUAAUUAGUAGUACCCCCCCUUCCUUGUGAUGUCAUGCACGUGAUUAGACUGACGCGUCCAUUCACCUUUGCUACUAUACUCUUUGAGGCAACAUAAAGAAGGGUUAAAUACUGACGGGGACAUGGAAAUUCAGAAAAGGGACAUACGUACCUCCCAGUCCUAUGAGGGCCUCAUACAUAACAGAUGACCUCCAGAAGGCAGAGUUCAGUAAAGCCACCACUCAGUAGAUUCAUGCAAAACUGAAAAUUAAUGUGUAGUCGCAGAAAAUAUCUAAUAUAUCAACCCCACACAAAACUAGGAUUUGAAGCUGGCCGAGUUCUUUUCAAACUAAUUAUCAGUCAAAUAUUAUUGUCAAAUAAACUCUAUUAACUCACAAUAGGCUUCUUUCUUUAAGUUGUGUUAUUUUAUAUGGAGUACUGUCUACUCAGUGACAUUCGAGAGAAGUAGUCGUGAAAAGAAACAAAAGUUAAAACAUUGAGUCCUUUUUAGCCUUGCAAAAAAUGAAACUUUGUGGUGGCUUUGUGAAAACUCAAGACUGCAAGACCAACAGUGAAAAACAAAUAAACAUACAAGAUAGUGAGGCACUUGAAAUUUGGCUAAAAUUUUGUAAGACUUACAUGUGGGAAGACCAUUUGCCACCUCCAUGUUUGUCAGUGAAAACAAAAAUAAAAAGACUGAUUGGUGAUUUACAGAAAAAUACUAAUAUAUGUGUUGUGAGCUGCCUGAGAAGUAACAAGGUACAAUAUUAUUAUAACUUACUUAAUUUUGUUUGUUUCUAUAGCCGAUAGUUAUCGUCGCGGCCUUUGCUUUUGCUGGGUUUGGGUUUUAUUUCCUCAGUCCUGAUGUAGUAGACACAGAAUUCUGCUGUGAUGGAAACCACAAUUUAGAAGGUAAAUGUUACAGAUCAAAUUAUUUGCAGGUUAUAUUUUUUUAACCUAGGUUGAUUCUCCCUUUCUGUUGUCUCCUUGCCCUAAUUCAUGAAUAAUAAUUUAGUGCAAGGGGACAAUGGAAAUUAAGAAUCAAACAAGGUCAGAAAAUUUUAACCUGAAUUUAAUUUUGCCCAGUAACAUACACAUCCACAGGACUGUGCUUGCAAUUUUACUGUUUAUGUUUUGUGAAGGAGCAAUGCUUACCUAUAUAUUUUUCUCUUGUCAGUACGAGUCUCCAUCAGUAUUAUUUGUGGACUUCUUGCUGGUGCAUUGGCCUGCUAUGUUUACAAGAUUGGUGUUUUCUGUAUGGGCUGCAUUAUUGGAUGGGUAAGUAAUAUCCUACAAAUACAGUCAACUCGCUUCAUAGCAGACACUGUGGAGACCUACGAGUUAGUACAGCCUCUUUAGAGUGAGUCUGUAAUAGAAGGACUUUGUUUCAGUCAAACAUCUGUGAUUUUUUUUGCUGAGGAUUUAGCUACUUUCUGUUUUAUCUGGGUGUCCCUUACAGCGAGGUGUCAGCAAGACAAGAGUUGACUGUAUUGUGUCGUUUCCAGACAUCUCUCUCUCCAUGUAAAAGGACGAUUUCGAUAUAUUAAAAUUUGAGUUCUCUCCAAGAAAUGGGGGAGUAAAAUGAAGAAAUGUGUUAUUUAUCACUCAGAGCCUCAAGAUCAUCAUCAUACAUCAGAUUUCUGACAUCAGCUGACAACAUGUUUCUUCUCUUAUGUCAGAUGUCUCAUAUCAGAGGUCUGAUAUCAGAUGUCUGAUGUUUGUCGUCUGAUGUCAGACAUCUGAUUUCAGAUGUCUGAUAUUUGUUGUCUGAUUUCUAGCUAGCCUUCUGUUUGUUGUCUGUCGUCAGAUGUCUGACAUAAGAUGUCUGACAUCAAACGUCUUAUAACAGACAUCUGAAGUCAGACGUCAGACAUCUGAUGACAGAAAUCUGACAUCAGACCUUUGAAAUCAGACGUCUGAAAUCAGACAUCUAAAAUCAGACGCCUGAAACCAGACAUCUGAAAUCAGGCGUCAGAUGUCUGAUAACAGAAAUCUGGCAUUAGACAUCAGAUGUCUGAUAGCAGACACCUGUUAUCAGACACCUGACAUCAGACGUCUCUCAUCAGACAUCUGAUAUCAGACGUCUGACAUCAGAUGUCUUAAAUAAAACAUCUUAUAACAGAAAUCUGACAUGAGACGUUAUCAGAUGUCUGAUUAUCAGACAUCUGACAUCAGAAGUCUGACAUCUCACACCUGAUAUCAGACGUCUGAUAACAGAAAUCUGGUAUCAGACGUCUGAUAUCAGACAACUGUUAUCAGAUGUCUGAUAUCAGACACCCGAUAUCAGACGUCCGACGUCUGAUAACAGAAAUCUGACAUCAGACGUGUGAUAUCCUGAUCGUGUCAGACAGCUGAUUUCUUGUGUCAGACGUCUGACAUCGUCUGAUGUUUGUUCUGUGAUGUCUGAUGUCAGACAUCUGAUAUCAGAAGUCUGAUGUCUCAUGUCUGAAGUCUAUUAUUUGUUGUCUGAUGGGAGACGCCUUACAUCAGACAUAUGAUGUCAGAUGUCUCAUGUCAGAUGUGUGAUGUUUGUUGUCUUAUUUCAGACAUCUGAUGUCUCGUGUCAAACGUCUGAUGUCUCAUUUCGGAUGUCUGAGGUCAGACGUCUGAUGUAUGAUAUCUGAUGCUGAUGUUAGACUUCUGAUGUCUCAUGUCAGACGUUUGAUGGUUGUUGUCUGAUGUUAGAUGUGUGAUAUUUGUUGUCUGAUGUCAGACAUCUGCUUUCAGUCGUAUAAUUUCUUUGCCUGAUGUCUGAUGUCAAAUGUGUGAUGUAGAUGUCUGAUGUUUGUUGUCUGAUGUGAGACAUCUGAUGUCAGGUGUCUGAUGUCAGACAUUUGUGGUUAUAGGCAAUACCAGAAUUUCCCGUACCUUGGUACAGACAGGUAAACUGCCGUCACCUGCUGAUGAGCAAAAUUACUCAGUCUACACCAUGAAAAUCAUGAAGCACUUGCUGCUGAUGUGGAUAUUUAUUUUAACAUUUACACCUGAUUGCAAUAACAUUGUCUUAGAAAAGUGAAAAAAAGGAAAAAGCCAAAUAGGAAUUAAUUAGGCUAAGAAGCCUAAGGUGAAAGACAAUAAAACUGAAGAUUCUUUUGGGGAAUUGCAACAGCUGCAAAUGAAUCCACCAUGAGAAUGUGUUAAAAUUACCGGAAUUAAUUCCUAUCUGGCUUUUCCUUUUUUCAUUUUUCUAUGACAACGAUUUUAAUUUUUGCAAUUGGGUGUAUAAUUAGCAAGCCAUUUACUGUUUGGACAAACACUAAUCCAGAGUUUCCUGUUGUUAUCCACACCUACAGGCUCUUUCUGUUGUAGUGGUCACUCUCGCGAUAUCAAAACACUUGUCAAGGUAGGCUUGAAUAACAGAAUAAAGAAAAUAAUUUUCACUUCACUUGUCCGUGUUAACACUGUACUUUCUAAUAGUAUGAUUUUAUUUUCAGUGACCUGGCAUUUUAUGGUAUAUAUGCUGGCACUAGUCUUGCAUUUGGAGUGGUUGCUGUUUGGCUUGAGAAGGUGUUCGUUGUUAUUGCCACCUCGUUUACUGGAUCUAUGAUGUUUCUUCUUGGUUAGUAAUGACUGCAUGUGUUGCUUCAUAAAAAAUUCAUACUCCCUUGAAGAGAGAGAGUUAUUGCUUUGACCCUUUCUUCCCCUUUCCGCCCCAGCCACCAACCCUCUCAGUGGAAAUUAGAGUUUAGAUUCAGUCUUUCCCUGGCAUAUUUUGGCCUUCAAGAUGCCCUCCAAUGACCUUCCUUAAGGUGCUUUUUUCCCUUGGGAUUUCCCUUGAUUAUCUGGGAUGCACUAAAAAAUUUGGUUCAAUAACUUUCUUAGGUCUGGAUCACUAUUGCAGGACUGCUUUUACUCACUUGAUCCAACAAAUUCUGUUCAAAACAAAGGAUGCACUCAGUCAGGCAGCCAUCACACCCUCUAGAGUUAAACUGGAGUUUCAUGAGGCUCGUGAAGAGUUUACUGAUCAAGGUAAGACAAGACACGACUACUCCCAAGAAUGUUAAGCUCGCAGGGUCAGAAGUAAAGUCCAAGACUUUUCACACUUAGACAUAGUUUGUUUUCCUUUCAAUAUGCAUUAUUAUUGUGUACCGUAUAAUAUAUUCCUUGUUUUACUAUCUCUUUAUUGUGAGUUAGGCCCAAUUACCAACCGUUGGUUAGGAAAUGACCCCCCACUCCUCCCCUGAGCCUAGAAAUUAAGGCCGUUUCCGAAUUCCGAGGAGUCGUAAGCCUACAUUUUGAGAGAGGGCUGUGUACAAAGUGUUGUUUAUGAAAAUGACCUAUUCACAUACAGUUAAAACUCAUGUUCAAAAGAGAUGUUGCAUUUGGCUCGAUCCAUUUUGAAAGUGAGGGUUUUAAGAUCAUUAUCACACCCUUUUUCCAGCAUUAGCAAUGUUCCUUGGAUGGUUAUUAAUGUCAGCAGUCGGCGCCAUAUUACAGUUCAUGUACACAGCGCAGGAGAUCGACACAGAUCUGUUCAUUAAAAGCUGUGCAUGUGGUUCAAGAGACGAUAAUGUUCCCGACGAUAAAGGAGUCAGAUAUGUUGUCUUGCCACCACCUAAACUAAAGGCCAUGUUACUGCAUCAGACAAGUAGAAGAGAACUAAUGAGGGACUCCUGGGAUGAUAAUUUGACGGGAUAG